CACCACCUGCCUGGAAUAAAGGUUCUGCAGUAAAAAUGAUCUGCACCGGCGCAUGCUCCAGCAAAACCCCAAAAUACUGCAUUACACAGGACGGGAUAUAAUCCAGUACUGCGGCGGCUUUUCUACCAUUUUCUACCAUUUAUUCUUUUCUAGAGACCGCUUUUUGUCUUUUUUUUUAUCUUGUCGGCUGCUUAGGUUAGCAUCGAAUAUAUUUUAUUUCAUCUUUCUGUGGUGUUUUCUUUUUCUUAUCAGCUUUGGAGUGCGUUUUUACGUUCUGUCGCUUUACCUGCAAAAUAAAACCACAAUAAUUUAUUCCUGAAGCAUACAACUCUGUUACACUGUAAAAUCGACCAAGCUUUAAAAAAAUGUCUGCUCCUGCGCCUGCAGCUGCCCCUGGAUCCCCUGGGGCCCCUGGGGCCCCUGAGCCCCCCCCAAACACAUCCAGCAACAGGAGGCUACAGCAGACACAGGCGCAGGUGGAGGAGGUAGUGGACAUCAUGCGGGUGAAUGUGGACAAGGUCUUGGAGCGGGACCAGAAACUGUCCGAGCUGGACGACCGUGCGGACGCGCUUCAGGCCGGAGCCUCGCAGUUUGAGAGCAGUGCCGCCAAACUCAAGAACAAGUACUGGUGGAAAAACUGCAAGAUGAUGAUCAUGAUGGGAGUCAUUGGUGCAAUCAUUGUAGGCAUAAUAAUAAUUUAUUUCUUCACUUGAAACUUCUGUGAGAGUGAGCGAUAGAGAGUGGGACAGACAAACAGACAGGGAGACAAAAUCUUUCUUCGUACCAGAUGGAGCCUGCAAACGUUUUGUAUCCAACUCAGAAAAAAAGCUCUGAUGCAAUUUUCCUUCUGUUGAAAUGAUCAUCUCUUCCUUUUGUACUGUGUGUUAGAUGUUCAGAUCGCAUGCAUGAUCUUAGACUUUGCUGUAUGUUUCUAAACAUGAAUAAGUUCCCUGAGCUAGUACAGGGACAGAUGAGUAUGUGCUUAAUGAACAGGGUGGGGGUAUUAAUUAGUUGCCACACCUGUUUUACUCCGCUACUCAGAUUGUUUCCUUGCUUUCUUUAUCACUAAAUGUCUUGGUAUACCUGACAGAUGCAAAAUAUUUUAAUGAUCAAUCAAGCAAGUAAUGCCACCCCCCGUAUGCUCUAAUCCACCUGUCCCAGUUCAUACUGGUUUGUAGAUAUUUUUGUUUUUUUCACACUGAGGUUCAAACUAGGUUUCUUAUAGUCAAGAGGCACUGACCAAGCUGACCCUGCUGCUGCUGCUGCUGAGCUCAUCUACCUGAGUACUGAGACCACAAACUUCAGUGCAUAGAAAUAGCUGUCCUGCAUUGAAAGUGUUAGUGCAGUACGGUCUAGUGAGCUAAAAGCACUGCAUUACACUGGGACUGCAGUUUAAUAUCACUGGGCUAGACUGCACUAGAAUUACAUUGGAAUUGCAAUUUGAGAUCACUAGACUAGACUGCACUAGAAUUAUAUUGUAACUGCAGUUUAAGAUCACUAGACUGCAUUAGGAUUACAUUGUAACUGUAGUUUAGUAUCACUGGACUAGACUGUAAUAGCAAUAAAUUGAAACUACAGUUUGAGAUCACUAGACUAGACUGCACUAGCAUGAUUUUAUUGACCCUCUGUUUUACCCCACUACUCACAUCCCUUGCUCGGGAUAUUUGGAGUGUAUGCAAUCUGUACUCAUAAAUAGGAAAGGAAAAGUAUGUGAACCAUACAAUGAACAAUGUGGGCAGAUUCAGACACUGUAGAGCUAUUGGAAUCCUGAUGGUCAGGAUGCAGUCCCUGUGGGUAAUGCCAGCACUGGUCAGGGUUGUGUUCAGACUGGUCUAAACUGAUCAUGAUGGUUCGGGAGGCUGUGGUGUCAAUGAAAUUGCUGCUGCUUUGAAUACCAAUUAGAAACUAGUAUCCACAUGCUCCAUUCUCAACUCUUACUGGUCACCUGUUCUGGGCCUGUUUGAUACCACAUCAAUACAGAUCAGUUUGGUUGGAAAUUGCACUGAAGCA